UCUCGUCGUGAAGAAUAAAUAAAUCAGAAAAACGCGAUUUUUGUCGUCGAUCUCUAUCCACAACGCGAAGCCGACGUCGGCGAAUCCGCCAACUCCUCGUCCUCGAUUUGCCUCCACCGGUAGCCGUCGCUUUCCCUGCUCUUCCUCCAUCCACUUGGAAGAAAAAAUUGUGGCCUUGCAGCCCCAAUCGAUUGCUUGGUCGGUCUGUUCAAAACCACGCGUGGAUGAUCCUCGAGCCCGUGAUUGGAGAAGCAAUUGGGACUCAGGCGGAGAGAUUGGUCGCCUUGCUGUUUUAUCAAUUAUUUCUACUGCUUGAAUAAUCAGAUGAAGCAGCAUCAAAUCUACUGAGUUCAUCUUCCUAUCGAUGACAAAAAUGUGGCGAUUAAUUGGAAAUACAAGAAUAAUAUAGGGGGGAAAAGCUCACUUUCGACAUGGGUUCUGCCCACAAGUUGCCCAAGUUCCAUAGGAAUGAGGAUAAUAGGAACAUCAUCAUCCACCCUCUUUACCUUCCCAAGUCAUCACCUUGGCUUGAUUUGAAAGUCUUCUAUGUGAGAUUGAGCAAUUUCGAGGUUGAUGAAUCGACACCUGAGCAUCUCACUAUCAAGCACACCUCCUUGACUCCAGAUACCAUUUUGGAAGUUAAUGGAAGAAGAAGUGGUAUUUAUUCAGACUCUGUUUCCUGCUUGCUUAGAAGAGAUAGGAUGGAUAAGAAGUCAGAAGAAGCUACUUUUGUUGGGACAGAUUGCAUAAGGAUGACUGGAAGUGUUAGGUUUGAUGUUUGGGAAGGAGAUGAUAUGUUGCUCAGUGGAGUGUUGGAGCUAGGAGAUAGUAAUGGUUUCAGUGCUGAAGCGAAGAAAAAUAAAAGCAAGUGGGGCAUCAAAUGCCAGAUUGUUUCUUCAGCUGCCUUUCGCUUUUUGGAUAAGACUAAGAGUUCAGGAUCUUCUGCAGUUGCACCUCUAAUUGAGGUUUAUGUUGCUGCGUGUUCAUCAGGGUCUCCCAUUAUCUUGACUAAGACUAUGAAACUUUCUGGCAGAACCAAACUCCGAAAUAAGCUAAUGCGAAAUUCAAUCCCUGAUGACAGCUCCACGGAUGCAAAGAAAGAUUUACCAUUCAAAGAUGUCUCACAGGGUUUAGGAUACGGAGACAGCAGGUCUGAGAAUAACACAGACAUGGACUAUGAUAAUUUGCAACCUAGUGCAGAUUACGUGGACGAGGAUGGCGAACUCUCAUGGUUUCACGAAGGCGUCAAGGUUGGAGUUGGGAUCAGUGUUGGUGUUUGUAUCGGUAUCGGAAUCGGUGCCGGUUUACUUUUUCGCACAUACCGAGCUACCAGUCGAAGCUUCAAAAGGCGGUUUUUUUGAAAACGAAUAAUUGACACAACCUUUGCAGCAUCUAGUACCUUGCAUAUCUUCCUUCAAACUUUGGAUGUGAUACAAGUAAGGCACAAGUUUAGGGCAGUAACCCUGAGAUGCAUUCCCCAUGCUGAAGAAAAAUUUUUGCUGCUGCCACUUUUCAGUCGAUAGUUUCAGGGCAUAGAGGAGUUUCACUUUAGGGCAGAGUUUUAGCUUCUGACUAUUUUUCAGAAACUUGAAUUAUGUAAUAUGGUGAAUAAUCUUUCAUUUUGACAGAUUUGUGCAAAACUAGUUUGGUAAAGUUUUUGCUGUAUCCUAGAACUCAUAAAGUAAUUUUUUGCAAGCCUUUCUUGUUCUUCA